ACAACGAUACAAUAAUAUCGUGCUCGUUUCAUGUAAAUUAUUUUCGAGGUCGAGGCCAUAUAUAUGGUCAAUUUAACGUGAAUCUCAUGAUCUCUGUCUCAUAUGAUAGUAAAUCUCCCUCCCUAUAUAUUUGCACAAAUCAAAGCCCAGCCACUCACUCCGCUGCCGCUCAAUUCUCUCUCUCUUUCUGUGCCAUUGAAUUGAAAAUAUCUGAUCUCAGUCCUCUCAUAUAAAUUUUCCCGGAAAGUUGAAGAAAAGAAAAAGAAAAGAAUAUACAAGCGCCACCGCCACCGCAGUUGCAGCAAGAUCUGCGCCAUUUCCACCUCCAGUGAGGUACCAUCUUAUCAGCUAAGAUGAGUUCGAGUGAUGGGAAGAUUCAUCCAGUGAGUUCUAAUGGCAACAUUAAGGAAAAUCCCUUUAAGAUCUUUGUGGGUUAUGAUCCACGUGAAGAUCUCGCAUAUGAGGUCUGUCGCCACUCAAUUUUGAAGCGGUCUUCAAUCCCUGUUGAGAUCACACCAAUCAAACAAUCAGAUCUGCGAAAGGAUGGCCUCUACUGGCGUGAACGAGGGCAAUUUGAAAGCACUGAGUUUUCAUUUUCUCGGUUCUUGACUCCACGUUUGGCGAAUUAUGAAGGUUGGGCAAUGUUUGUGGAUUGCGAUUUUCUUUACCUUGCUGACAUUAAGGAGCUGCGAGACUUGAUUGACAAUAAGUACGCUAUAAUGUGUGUUCAACAUGAUUAUACUCCAAAAGAGACAACAAAAAUGGAUGGAGCCGUUCAAACUGUGUAUCCGAGGAAGAACUGGUCCUCCAUGGUAUUGUAUAACUGUGGGCAUCCCAAGAACAAGGUGUUGACACCCGAGGUUGUGAAUAAGGAAACGGGUGCUUUUCUUCACAGGUUUCAGUGGCUCGAGGAUAAUGAAAUAGGGUCGAUCCCAUUUGUGUGGAAUUUCCUCGAGGGACAUAACAAGGUCGUUGAAAAUGAUCCCCAAACACAACCCAAGGCUGUACACUACACUCGUGGAGGACCGUGGUUUGAAGCUUGGAAGCAUUGCGAGUUUGCAGACCUGUGGUUGAACGAGAAGGAGGAGUACGUGAAGGAAUCAACGAAGAAAACAGAGAAAUAGAAAGAAUCGGUAGCUGGCGACUGGCGUAAUUUAUCUGAAGUUUGCGAUUCGUUAUAGAAGUUCAUUGUGAUCCUGCUGCUCGUCCAUUCUUUAUGUGAAAUGUGUUGAAUGAAUCCCAGAAGAAGUUAGGAAGAUUUAGAAAUUCAAUCUACAAAUUGACCUUAGUUUGUUCAAAGGAUUUACAUUCUUUGUAAUUCUAUUUUUUUAGCUCGUCGAUUGGAGGAAAUGUGUUGUAUAAUUUGGAAUUUUCGUUGUAUUAUUUUUUAACUAUUUUCUUCCAAAAGCCUUGUAUUUAAGUUUGUUUGUUCAGGAAAUAAAGGAAUUGUCAUUAGCACU